ACGUGUAACAGCCUCCGAUUAUUUGUGACUGUGUUAUGUGAACUAAAAUGGAGGAGGAGUCGAUGUCCGGGCACAGCUGUUCCGAGGACGAUAUCAGUGUCGGGCGCCCUUCGCCGGCGCCUUCGCGAUCGCAAUCCCCCCAGGACUAUUUCAGACCGCUGAAACGGUUGAAAAUGGCUUCCGAGCCAGUUGAGGAGCGUCGCGGCGAAGGCGUCAAAAGCUUUUCAAUACUGGACAUUCUUUCGCAUAGUCCGAGAACGCCUCCGCGGAUAGUCAGGCCAUGGGAUGCGUCAGGGUUCGAGAGGCUCCAGCGGUUGCAGCGUUUAGCUGGUGCUGCUUUAUUGGAUGGUGAGCGCUGGAGACUGGCAGCGCUGGGAUUGUUAAGGCCGAGAGAAAUGCCAGCGGAAUGCUGCGAUUCAGCGUCUGAAAGGUCUUCCUCCGCUUCGGAUUGCUGUUCGGAGCCAAGGCGGUUGUCACAGGGGGGUUCGAAUGCACCCCACACGCCCUUAGAUGCCCUGUUCCAUAUGACUAGCAAAACCUUCGAGGCGAACAACGCUGACAGUGGAGAUGGUCAGUCGAAUCACUUGAACCUCUUCAACUCCCGACCGCAGGCGAAGAAGAAGCGGAAGUCACGAACAGCGUUCACAAACCACCAGAUCUUCGAGCUGGAGAAGCGGUUCCUAUACCAGAAGUACCUAUCACCGGCUGACAGAGAUGAGAUCGCCAGUUCCUUGGGUCUAUCAAACGCUCAAGUGAUCACGUGGUUCCAAAACCGACGAGCGAAAUUAAAGAGGGAUAUGGAAGAGCUGAAGAAAGAUGUGGAAAGCGCUAAAGUCCUCUCAGCUCACAAGAGUUUCCUCGAAAACGUCACAGAUUUGGGGAUACUGAAGAAAAAAGCUAUGAGUAUAGGCGCCAGUGAGGAGGCUGCGACGAAUUUAGUCGUAAACGCGUCUAAAUGAAACGAGGCGGCGCGUGCAAUCGCGCCAGACGUCGCCUACGAUCGACGACUACUCGAUUACUAAUCGUUCACAUUUCCAUCGAUACACGAACUAUGUGUGAA